AUGGAGGCCCACGAGUCCCAGUCCAAGAUGAAGGUCGUCUUCGGGGCGAUGACCUUUGGCAAGGAGAAUGCCGAACAAGCCCGCGUACACAGCCUCGACCAAUGUGGUGCUAUCCUCGAUGUCUUCCAGCAUUUUGGUCACAGCGAGGUUGACACAGCUCGCGUGUACGGCGGUGGAAGCUCUGAAGAGUAUCUUGGACAACUUGACUGGCAGAAGCGCGGUAUCAUCCUCGAUACCAAGCUCUCUCCUCGCAAGGCGUACGAUGCAAAUGCGACGACGUACACGCACCGUCCUGAUGAGCUCGAGAGUCAUCUCCUGGAGAGUCUCAAGGCAUUGAAAGCAGACAAGGUUGAUAUGUGGUAUCUGCACGCGCCUGACCACACAGUGCCCUACGAAGACACUUUGCGCGAGGUGGACCGCCUUUAUCAAAAUGGUUACUUCAAACGCUUUGGACUCAGCAACUACGCGGCCUGGGAGGUCGCUCAGAUCAGUGAGGUAUGCAUCCGCAACGGCUGGAAACGACCAGAUGUCUACCAGGGUGUUUACAAUGCCCUACACCGUGCGGUCGAGCCAGAACUAUUCCCUUGUCUCCGACACUACGGAAUCGCAUUCUAUGUGUACAAUCCGCUUGCCGGGGGCCUCUUGACUGAUCGGUAUCGCCGUGACACGGUGGUGCACGAAGCUGGAAGCCGCUUUGAUCCUGAUAAGAAUCAGGGCGCCAGCUAUCGAGAGAGAUACUGGACCGAAUUCUACUUUGACGCGCUGGAUGUGGUAAGGCCCAUGGCAGAGGCACUGGAUGUCCCUCUCGCGGAGGCCGCCCUCCGAUGGGCGAACCACCACAGCCUGUUGAAAUCCGAAGCAGGAGAUGCCAUCAUCGUUGGAGCUAGCAGUGUCGACCAGUUGAAGGAAAACCUGACCAGCCUCGAGAAAGGACCUCUCCCAGAGGAACUUCUCCGUGCUUUUGAUGAGGGCUGGGAUAUCGUCAAAGGCAGCGCCACGGAGUAUUUUCGGUAG